GGAGGCGCCGAGUGGUCACCAUGGCCGCCGCGCCGGAGCCCGGGGAGCCUGGGAAGGGGAAGCCCUUUAAGCUCCUAGGAAUUUUAGAUGUCGAAAACAUUCCCUGUGCACGAGAUUCCAUCUUAUAUGGUUCAUUAGGAUCUGUUGUGGCUGGCCUUGGACAUUUUUUGUUAACUAGUAGAAUUAGAAGAUCAUGUGAUGUUGGAGUAGGAGGAUUUAUCUUGGUGACUUUAGGAUGCUGGUUCCAUUGUAGGUAUAAUUAUGCAAAGCUAAGAAUCCAGGAAAGAAUUGCCAGAGAAGGGAUUAAAAAUAAGAUUUUAUAUGAAAGUACCCACCUUGAUCCUGAAAGAAAACAAACCAAUGGCGGCAGCGGCGGCAGCACCUGAGCAGUCUCGAGCAUAGGAAACCCAGAUAAAACUCACUUCAGGGUGAACAAAGCUGAGGUCAACUACAGAACACAUUUAAUGUACCAGAAGGCUUUCAAUCAAGUAAAUAAAGUACGUGUAAGCUGUA